GUUUCCCGAUAGGCCCCGCGCGGAGGCCGCUGCAGACGGGAGAGCCGCCGCGGGCUGCGGUGCGCACCGGGACGGGUAGUCCGCGGGGCAGGCGGCCGCGCCUCGGAGCGGCCCGCGCGUCAGGCGGCGCUCUGACCUUGCGGGUUUGUCUGGUUAUGUGUCUCCGCUGCUCCCGGCCCGCCUGCCCAUCAGUCGCCGGGAAGAUGGCUGCCGUACGCAGGGCCCGCAGUUACUCCCGCUGCGUGGUGCGCUUCUCCGACCGAGAACUCUGCUAAUUUCCCCCCGCGGGGAGGACACACGGACCGAGCGUGGGGGGGAGAGACCCCCGGACGGGACAGCGCCGCCCGAGCGUUGACAGCAUGGCAGAAGGUGAAGAAGAUUGUCGCUCUGAUUUGGUAAGAACCGAUGACAAUGAAAGACCCGGUGAAGCAAAUCUUCAGGCAGAGCUCCAGAUGUUCAGAGCUCAGUGGAUGUUUGAGCUUGCCCCAGGUAUGAGUUCUAGUGGGUUGGAACCUCUGCCAUGCAGAGCAUCUUCAAAAGGACCUGGAGUAAAGUCUGUAGAUGCCAGAAGGAAACAGGAAAUAGCAAAAGAGGAAAAGGCAAAAGAACUUUUCCUGAAGGCAGUGGAAGAAGAACGAAAUGGGGCCCUUUACGAAGCCAUCAAGUUUUAUCGUCUAGCAAUGCAGCUUGUACCUGACAUAGAGUUUAAGAUCACUUAUACACGGUCCCCAGAUGGUGAUGGAGUUGGAAACAGGUGUGUGGAGGAUAACAAAGAGGAUGACAAGAUGGCUGAUCUCCUGUCGGAUUUCCAGCAGCAGUUGACUCUUCAGGAAUCUUCAGUCAAACUUUGUCAGCCUGAGGUUAAUGUCAGCCAGACCCAUAUCUCAGUGUUGCCUAUGGAAGUACUAAUGUACAUUUUCCGAUGGGUGGUUUCGAGUGACUUGGACUUAAGAUCAUUAGAGCAAUUAUCUCUUGUUUGUCGAGGAUUUUACAUUUGCGCCAGAGAUCCUGAAAUCUGGCAUCAAGUCUGUUUGAAAAUAUGGGGUAGGAGCUGCAAUAAGCUUGUUCCAUAUGCCUCUUGGAGGGAAAUGUUUUUGGAGAGGCCUCGUGUUCGCUUUGAUGGUGUCUAUAUCAGCAAGACAAAAUAUAUACGUCAAGGAGAACAAUCUCUUGAUGGUUUCUAUAGAGCGUGGCACCAAGUGGAAUAUUACAGGUAUUUGAGAUUCUUUCCAGAUGGCCAAGUUAUGAUGCUAACAACUCCUGAAGAUCCUCAAUCUAUAGUUCCUCGCUUACGGACUAAAAAUACAAGAACGGAUGCAGUCUUGCUUGGCCAUUACCGCCUUUCCCAGGAAACAGACAAUCAAACCAAAGUAUUUGCUGUAAUAAUGAAGAGAAAGGAGGAGAAACCAGUUGACUGCCCCAAAUGCAGGUAUUUCCGACGUGUUCCUGCACAAGAAACAGAUUACAGCUUUCAUGUAGGACUACAGUUGUGCUCCAGUGGGCGCCAGAGGUUCAACAAACUUGUCUGGAUACAUCAUUCUUGUCACAUAACCUACAAAUCGACUGGUGAGACAGCUGUUACUACUUUCGACAUUGACAAAGUGUACACCCCUUUGUUCUUUGCACGAGUGAAGAGUUUUACUGCAUUUUCAGAAAAGCCGCUCUAAGAAACACCUUUUCCCCUCACAACUCUUGCAUGAAUAAAAGGUUGUAGCUAAUGAGCACUUAAGUUAUAAAUGUGUAUAUAUUUGGAACAUUUUAAAAUUCUGGGGAAUUUUUUGAAGACAGUAUGUUCUAUUUGAUUAUGAAUGGCUGGGGUUUUAUUUUGAGAUCAAGCUUAUAAGUAUUAAACACCUUUACUUUGUGACAAGAAUUUGAUAACAAAAUUUUGUUGUUUUGUGGUUUUCUUUUUUUUUUUUUUUUUAACAGAUUUUAUAAAUCAGUCUGCUUAAAAUUUGGGUUUUCAUCUGCCUGGACACUGGUUUGUCCAAAAGAAAUUCUUACAGGAAAAUCUCACUGUCCAUGGGACAGUGUGCGUGGUCUCUGGUGAAGGCUUGAAAUGUGAAGAGGAGAAAGUUGUCUUAUAUCUGUUAAACUGUGUGAUUUAAAAGAACUUCAAAUAAAUGUUUUCUUUAAAUUAAACUUA